AUGAAGUUCCUGGUGGUAGCGGUCUGCCUACUCUCCUAUGUUGCUGGGUUAUCGCAGACGUUAAUGCUUGGUCCAAACCACAUGGAUCUUGAUGACAUUGAACAAAUCAAGGUGUUUAAUAACUUAAAACGAAUUUCUGAUGAUGCCGGUGUGAGAUUCACGUACGAAAGCAUCAAAAGAGUAUUUGACGACUUAUUCGAAAAGGUGAGUGUAAGAGUUGGGAUUGUACAUAAAAAACAUACAGUUAAAUACCCGCAGGUAACGAAAAGAUUUUCUCAUAGAGAAGUUAAGUUCGAUUUAAAAUUGGCAGGGCAGUACAAGCGCACAAAGUCAUUGUUUCUUAUACGAAAUAGGCAAAGUGUAGUCAAAAGCGUAUCCUAUAAAUCAUACCUUCUUCAGCCUCUCUUGCAGGACGUAAAAUGAAGUUACUUCGCUGCACUUGCCCUAUACUGGAGCAGUCGACAUAUUCAACGAUUUUUGCUGCGGAGAGGGCACGCGAAGCGCAGACGACAGUAGCAGAGAAGAAAAACUUUUGGCUAAACCCUUGCCAGCUUGUAGCGAUUGUUCUCCCAAGCUCCUAAAAGUUUAAUUCAGGCAAAUAAAGUCGUUGAACCGGGCACGAAUUACCCAUCAAGCUAUCCAGUCGAAGAACUCCAAGUGGAAUUGAUCGAUCAUCCUGAGAUAAAUCCCAGAGGUCCGGAUUACAAUAAAGUAUUGGCCAAGGUUGAGGAGGUUCAUGGCUUUCUGGCUGCCGUGCUCUCCGAACUCGAUCGCGCCCCAUACGAUGCGGUGCGCGACGUUGCAAGGCUCUUGGCUAAGGUGGGCUUGUAUUUAUGGAGGGUAUAUUUGUUCUAAUAAGGAGACUGACCUCUAAAUUAAAAUUUCAGAACGAGGUCACCGACACCAUCCGCAGAAACGCACAACGUUUUGGAGAAACAUUUGAUGACAUUGUUCAUGAAGUUAUUAGCAUCUAUCUGAAAGGCGAAAGGAAGGGACUGAACUUGUUCAACCAUGUGCAAAAACUCCUAGGCAUUAUCUCGAAACCCGAAGCCAAUAAGCUCAUUUAUGAAAAGGAGCUUCAAAACAUCGAUGCUGUAAUCAAGAAUGCUUCAAAUGUGAGCAAGAAGCACUAAAACUGGAUUGCUUUUUAAGAUCACUUGCUAAUAAAAUUUUCUGCGGCGUUGGGUUUUCUGAGUUGAAGAUGGUGCAAAAACAUGUCAAAAAAUUUUCGGAGCGACUGAGCGCUCACUUUUUCCGAUAGACUGUAAGAAACUGCGAUGAAUGAAAGUUUCGUCAAAAACACAGCUUGUUGAAAAGUUGAAUGUUUUUUGGCGUGGCCCCUAGCCACGUCUCGGUCGUAGCGUUCAGCCUUCUGACUAUUGCGAUAUUUCUGCGGAGUAAAAUGCUCGAGAUUCGGCGGCAAUUCCUUAGUUUUGGCGGUUCGAGUACCAAAAGAUCUAUUGUACAAUCCACAAUACUUGGUUGUUUUGAACUUUUCCCAAUUUGGCUUACGGUGAGAGACAACAAAACUUCUAUGAAAUUUCGUCUUUCAAGCCGUAAAAACGAGAUUAAAAUGUAGUACUUUCGGCUUUUUAGGGCAAUCCGAACAACUAACAAUUAUGUCGUCUUAACACGUAUUAUAAUACAUUUGUUGUUCACACAAUCAUUCCAUGGGAACAUCCUGUAGCCUAAUAAUUUUUAAAAUUAUUGCUUUUGAACCUGUUCUCAUUGCUUCCACAUCAAAUUUACAAUUGUUGCAUCAUCACCUAGGACGCGCCAUAUAAAGCUACCUUGUGCUCCAACCGAAUUUUCAAUCAAGAUUCUGGCACAAUGAAGGUUGCGGUGCUUCUAAUUGUGUUGGUGGUCGCUGCGUCGGCUAUUGAGAGGAAGAACGCAACGAUUCCAGUCCCAUCCGACAUAGACUUACAAGCGCUGCUCAACAAGUUGAGUGCUGAUCGUUGACGACGCCGGAGUUCCAUUCAGCUUUCAGGAGAUUGCCCAAAUCACUGACAACAUCAGACAUGGCGUAGGUUGAUAAAUUGGAAUUUUACGAUAUAAAAAUAAACUCUUAGCUCGAUAAAAUCGAAAGCGACCAUCAUUUGCCCAUCCUUAAUACACUCGCCAGAGAGUUGGAGAAGAGGAUUCUCGAUCUGCCUGAGAACGACCCAAGGGGUGCUUACAGUUUCAAAGGCGUCGCCGAAAAAUCCGCCGAAGUCCGCAACGUUUUGUUCCCGGUCCUCAGCGAUCUCCAGAGAGCCCCAUACGACGUCGAAAACCUGAUCUUACACUUGUUGGGAAAGGUAGGCGGCUGUGGCUGGAGGAAAACCCCUGACAUGCAAAUAUGAUAUCUUUUCAGCACAAAUUAUGUAUAGACAUCACUGUAAUCAAUAUUUUGCAGAGCCCUGAAACAAACCAAGUCCGCAAGAACCUCCAGAGUCUUGGACAAAACUUCGGCGACGUGGUCAAGCAGCUGGCUGCAAAUUUCGCCUCCGGAGCCCAGAGGAACGUUAGCAUCCAUCAUGAGGCUCAAGCGCUCGUGGAUCUGCUCGGCCAGCCCUCAGUUUUGCAAUACGAAUACGAAGAGGCUAUGGCAGCAAUUGAUAAAAAAGUCGGUAAUCAAUACGUCAUCACGGAGUUUAAUCACGUACAGAGGAUAAAAAAGUGA